AUGAAUGGUGCUCCUCAUAAACGACACCACGCAGGACGCGAUAAAAGUGUAAAUGUGACUCACACUUCGUCUCAUAAGAAAGCCCGAACUCUUGUGACUCCUCAGACAGCAAUAAGAGUUUCAACAAGUAGCAGAGUUCACAGUCGAGACAAAGUGUAUCGACAUGAGGCGACCGACCCAUCCGGGGCCAAAGAGAUUCAAGAAGAGGAAGAAAUUGAGCAACAAAUGGAAGAAAUGCACAGUCAAGAGAUGGAAGAAGAUUCCUUACCUCUUGUUGUGUUUCAAUGCAGUACUUGUCGAUCAAUAUUCGGAGAUUCGUACGCUUUCGUGAGCUCCACUGAGCAGCUGUGGCUUGUGACGUUGAGUCAUGUGACCAACGUGACGUUGGCUCCUGAAGUACAAACAGCCAGUGCAGGACUGGAUGCUGGAAGUUCAUACUAUGAACUAUUGUGUCAUAAUUGCCAGGCUGUUCUUGGACGCAAGUAUUUAACAACACCAGUCAUAUUGGACGGGAUUCGAGACUUGUUUAGUUUUUCAACCGAGGCUAUCACGUCAUACACACUUGGAGAACCGAUGCAACAAGUAGCAGAUCAAAGUAUGCAUCAAGCUGCAGCUACGUGUCAUCUGACUAUGCUCAAGCUAGCAGCGGAUCGAAAUGAGGUCACGAAAUUACGUGACGAGAUGGAAAAGGUCAAAAUGCUCAUGGUGACAGUGGACGAUCGACUUGCUCAUUUGGAAGGAGCUGACCCUGACUCAGAAGAAGAGACCACACAACCAAAGAGUUCAAAAGUCAAGGCAUAA